GCAACAACAAAUUGAUGGGCAGUGAAGCUCUUUCUUAUUACAAAACAGGGAAAGCGAGAAAAAUAAUUGUGAAAAUAGUAUAAAAUUAGUUUGAAAACAAGAAAGUGAACUUGUUGCAACAUAUUUUAGAAUCGGGCAAUUUUGGAGUUCGUAAUUUAAAGGAAGUCAACGUCAUCUCAUAUCAGCACCCGCUACAACGCAUUGUAUGGCGGAAGCAGUUGUAGCUGCAGUUUAACAGUGACAACAAAGACGGCGGGGCUUAUUUUGAGUUUCGAGUCGAACAAACAAUCAUAACAUUCAGAGACUGUGAUUUGGUUUUGUUAACCAGCACAAGUGAGAACACAGCACAAUAAUCAUUGCAAUCAUUAAAAAUGUGUUGAACUGCAAGCGCUGGAUCGUAUAUCUCUGGGACCGUUGCCUGCCAUCCGCCCAUCAUUGAAAAGCUAACGUGUAAAUCAAUUUGAUCAUCAUGUCCUUCUCCGACUUUGAUGCCAUCUAUGAGGACGAACAGUUGGAUGAUGUGGAGCAUUUUCAGGAUCAGACUGUGAUGCCAGUGGCCGAACCCAUUAUCAUACGGGGUGCUGGCAACAUGACCGUCUUUGGCCUCAGCAAUCGCUUCAAUAUCGAGUUUCCCUGCGGUUUGCUUUCACGCGUUGCGCCCGAGGAAUUCAAAGCGACCAUCGGUCGCAUCAAUGGCAUAUUGAAGAAGACCCUGCCCCUGAAUGUCAAGUGGCUCUUUUGUGGUUGCGUCUGUUGCUGUUGCACGCUGGGAUGUUCGCUCUGGCCCGUCAUAUGUCUAAGCAAACGCACACAAUUAACAUUGGACAAGUUACUCGAGUGGGAGAACAGUCAUCUAUAUCAUAAACUGGGCCUACACUGGCGAUUACAUAAGCAACAAUGUGAUUCCAAUUCCAUGAUGGAGUAUGUUAUAUUAAUUGAAUUUAUACCCAAGACGCCCAUCUAUCGGCCCGAUUAGACGACUUAUAGAUGGGCACGCAGUGUGGAUCGUUGCAGUAAUUUGGGGGGCAUGGUAUAUGGGAGGGGAAUUGGGGCCUAACAUAAUUGUAAAAUAAAACACUAGCAACUAAUUA